UGCCUCCCAGGUUCAGUUGAUUCUCUUGCCUCAGCCUCCCGAGUAUCUGGGAUUACAGGCACCUCGCCAUGAUGCCUGGCUAAUUUUUGUAUUUUUAGUAGAGACAGGGUUUCACCAUGUUGGUGAGGCUGGUCUCAAAUGCCUGACCUCAAGUGAUCCGCCUGCCUCAGCCUCCCAAAGUGCUAGGAUUACAGGCAUAAGCCACUGUGCCUGGCCUUAUUUGUCGAUUUUUUAUAUUUCCAUAAUAGAUAGAGUUUUCAGUAAAUAUAUGUGAAUUCCCACCCACUAAAUACCUUACUGAUGACUUUCAUCUGAGCUAAACCACAGUAAAUUAAGACAGAAGAAAUAGUUCCUACCAGGUUUGCUUCAGAUUUUGCAGGGUCAGGAAAUAAGUUAAUGUCUUUCCAAACCCCCACAAAACAUAACACCAAUUAGGGGUGUGCUCCUAAUUACCAAAAUGGAUAAGAUAAGACAACUCUCCUCAGUCAUAAGUGUCAACAAAAUAUGAUGCUCAUAUCAGCCAGAAUGGAAGUUAACUUCCCAUGGGAAACAGUGGCAAGAGGAAUUUAAAAAUAAAAACAAAAACCUACUGGUUGAAGAACCAGGUUGGGGAAAUAAUGAUUACAGUUCUAUUCUCUACUUAUGUGGAAAAACUUGUGAAAAUAAAAGCAGGAAAAGCCUCAGAAACAUCACAACCUGCCUUGGCAUAAUAGCCCAAAACCAUGAUGCUAAAUUUCUAUUCUGUAAUGAGCUGAUGAGGUUUAUCUUCUAAGGAUGGAAGUGAAGAAUGACUCACUCGACAUUUAAAAAUGUAAUAAUGAACCUGACAUUGCUCCACCCAGACCCAUUUCUCAGAUAACCACCAACCUGAGGGCAACUGUCCUCCUACAGGAAUGAACCCAGCAAAGUGAGUUACUAAUUAGAAAAAAUCACCCAAUUAUGCCAACUUGCUGAGACUGGCAAGCCAUGUUUUACUCUAUGUAGGCAGAAUUUCAUUCAGAACACACUUGCGACUUGCCUAUAAAAAGGCAAACAAAACCAUUUAGACGAGAAGGCACUCCAUUCUGGCUUUCACGAAUACAGCUCUGCAACGCGUUUGCCCUGAUACCAUGUCUCUUCGACUUUCCAGUGCAUCCAGGAGGUCCUGUCCUCGUCCCACCACAGGAUCACUCAGAAUCUCUGGUGGGGGAACCAGCUUUGGGGCUGGAAAUUCUUGCGGCAUUUCAGGGAUUGGAAGUGGCUUCUCUUGUGCCUUCGGAGGCAGCUCAUCGGGAGGAAACACAGGGGGAGGUAAUCCCUGUGCUGGCUUCACUGUGAAUGAGGGGGGGCUCCUUUCUGGCAAUGAGAAGGUGACCAUGCAGAACCUCAAUGACCGCCUGGCAUCCUACCUGGACAACGUGCGUGCUCUGGAGGAGGCCAACGCUGACCUGGAGCAGAAGAUCAAGGGCUGGUACGAGAAAUUUGGGCCUGGCUCUUGCCGUGGUCUUGAUCAUGACUAUAGUAGAUAUUUCCCAAUAAUUGAUGACCUUAAAAAUCAGAUCAUCGCAUCCACCACCAGCAACGCUAAUGCUGUUCUGCAGAUUGAUAAUGCCAGGCUUACAGCCGAUGAUUUCAGACUCAAGUAUGAAAAUGAGCUGGCUCUUCACCAGAGUGUAGAGGCUGAUGUCAAUGGGUUACGAAGAGUUUUGGAUGAAAUAACCCUGUGCAGAACAGAUCUGGAGAUUCAGUACGAAACCCUGAGUGAGGAGAUGACUUACCUCAAAAAGAACCAUAAAGAGGAAAUGCAAGUUCUGCAGUGCGCAGCUGGAGGCAACGUGAACGUGGAGAUGAACGCAGCCCCCGGGGUGGACCUCACAGUUCUGCUGAACAACAUGCGAGCUGAGUACGAAGCCCUUGCCGAGCAGAACCGCAGGGACGCAGAGGCCUGGUUCAACGAGAAGAGCGCCUCCCUGAAGCAGCAGAUCUCUGAGGAUGUCGGAGCCACAACCUCAGCCCGGAAUGAGCUGACUGAAAUGAAGCGCACUCUUCAGACCCUGGAAAUUGAACUUCAGUCUCUCUUAGCCACGAAACACUCCCUGGAGUGCUCCUUGACAGAGACCGAGAGCAACUACUGUGCGCAGCUGGCGCAGAUCCAGGCUCAGAUCGGGGCCCUGGAGGAGCAGCUGCACCAGGUCAGAACCGAGACCGAGGGCCAGAAGCUGGAGUAUGAACAGCUCCUGGACAUCAAGCUCCACCUGGAAAAAGAAAUUGAGACCUACUGUCUCCUUAUAGGAGGAGAUGAUGGAGCCUGUAAGUCUGGGGGUUACAAGUCUAAAGAUUAUGGAUCUGGAAAUGUGGGAAGUCAAGUCAAAGACUCAGCCAAAGCCAUAGUGGUUAAGAAAGUUCUUGAGGAGGUAGACCAACGCAGCAAAAUACUUACCACCAGACUCCACUCACUGGAAGAGAAAUCUCAAAGCAAUUAAUUUGAGAUGCAACAGAGAACGUAUGCCACAUACCCCCUGCGAAGAAAAGGCAUUAUGUAUCUGUCCAGAAAAAUGCACAUGUCUAAGAAAAAUGUGUAUCCUGUUGUCUUUCUGUUACUUUCUUUCUGGACAAUCAAUGACAGCAUCUCCUCAUUCAUCUGGAAGAAUGCCACACACAAAUAUGAUGACUCAUUUGAUUAUCCUACAAAAUCUGUUGUCAAUUCUUUGUAUUCAAUAAACCUCUUCUUUAGCAAGUUA